UGUCAUGGAGUGCCAACUAGGCUAUAUGCUGUUGGUUUUUUUCCUUCCAGUCCCGAAGUCAUCCACAUGACUGUUUAUGGCUCGAUUAUGUAAACGACUUAUCUGAUGUAAAAGUUUGAUAAAGCAGUUACAGUCUUCAGUACGAAACAUUUAGCCAACAGUUAAAUUAGAAUAGUCCAAGUUUUCAGAGUUUUGCAGUCAUGACUGAAGAAACGUGGGAUGUUGUUAUUGUCGGCGCUGGGCUGUCAGGACUGAGUGCUGCUCAGACUCUGCGGAAGAGAAAUGGCAAACUCAGAAUAUUAAUUCUGGAAGGAAAAGACCGGGUAGGAGGACGAACUGUUACCCAGGAAUUACCUGCUGCUCGCGGCAUUGAUCGCUGGGACAUGGGAGGGCAGUGGGUUGGCAGCACUCAGACAUACGUCAUGGACCUCAUUCAGGAGUUUGGCCUGGAGGUCUACACACAAUACACCACAGGCAAGAAAGUACACCACAUUGGUGGUCCUCAUGCCAAGGUUCGCACCAGCAGCACCAGUAUCCCUGCCCUCUCUACACUGGUGCUACUGGACCUGUCACAGCUCGUCUGGAAGAUUGACAGGUUGAGUUCCACAGUGUCAGUGGAGGACCCCAUGAAGACCCCCAAUGCCCAGGAGUUGGACAGUAUGACCCUACAUUCCUACAUAGAGAAACAUGCCUGGACAGAAGAGAUGAAGGAGGAGAUGGGUGUGUGCAGCCGGGUUGUGUUUGGUAUGGAGCCCAAUCAGAUGUCCUUCCUCUACUUCCUCAUGUAUGCUGCAGCAGCUGGAGGUGUCCUGUGCCUGCUGGAGAGCACCCCAGGCUCAGCACAGGAGUUCAGGGUCAAGGGGGGAACCCAGCAGCUGUCAGAGCGUUUAGCCCAGCAGAUUGGGUGGGAGAGUGUCCGGCUGGGCAAGGCUGUGACGGCCAUAUGGCAGGACGCUGAGCAGGCCAAGGUGAUGACAGCCACCCACUCCUACCUGUGCAGAGCAGUGAUUGUCACCUGCCCUCCUCACCUGGCAGCUAAGAUCCACUACCAACCUGCUCUACCCAUUCAGAGAGAACACCUCACACAGAACAUGCCUGUUGGGCACUUGAUGAAGUUUGUCAUCACCUACCAGAUGGCGUUCUGGCGUGAGAAGGGUUUCUCGGGAGAGAUAGUGGCACGACCCUCUGCAGAGUGUCCCUUGAGUGUCACCUUUGACGGCACCAGUCCCAGUGGGAGUGCUGCUCUUGUGGGCUUCAUCUCUGGCGCGCAGGCCUACGAUUGGAGCUCCAGAGAGCUGAGCGAGAGGAGGGAUGCUGUCAUUCUCAGCUUGGUGAAAUACCUGGGAGAGGAGGCUGCUAGCUACAUCCACUAUGAGGAGAAAGACUGGGCCUUGGAGGAGUACAGCGGGGGUUGUCCUGUUAAUGUCAUGGCACCGGGGCUGCUGACAUAUUACCACCCCAGCCUCUGCACGCCCUGUGGCAGGAUCCACUGGGCCGGCACGGAGACGGCCACCCAAUGGUGUGGCUAUAUGGAUGGGGCAAUUCAGUCAGGUCAGAGGGCAGCCCUAGAAGUCCUAGCCAGGCUGUGCCCUUUCACCCUGACCCAGGAGGAGCAGGAGGCUGUGCAGGCUGCCCAGAACCAGAACCAUGAGUCUGGAUCAUGGCAACACAUACCUUCCACAUCCCAUCUCCGCAGGGCUCUGAUCCUCACCACGCUCAUCAUGGCCACUGCUGUACUAUUGGCUCAGCCACAGCUCUGCCGAGACUGGAUUGGACAGGCUCGGCAGGUAGUGCUACGAAGGUUUGCUUUGUGGUAAUAAAAUAUGCUGUUGUGUUGGAAAAACAUCCACUUGACAGGGAAAUGCCCCCGCUCACAGAUAUCUAAAGAUGUUAAUUAUGAUUGAAUUAUCUGUGACAUACAGUAUGGUUAACACUGUUUGCCUGGUGGACAUUUUUCAUUUAAAGAAAUGUAAUGCUUGUACAAUGGAAUGUGGUGGUGGGUGGGGGUGAGACUAUACAGAAAAAAAACUGUAAGUAAAUUCAAUUAUAUGUAAAGGGUUUUAUAUGUGAACAUUCCCUACAGUCGUAUUAAGUCAUACAGUGCCGUCAGAAAGUAUUCACAGCCUUGACUUUUUCCACAUUUUGUUGUGUUACAAAGUUGGAUUAAAAUGGAUUUAAUUGUAUUUUUUUGUCAACGAUCGACACAAAAAACUGUCAAAGUAGAAGAAAAAUUCUAAAAUGUAAAAAAGUGUAUGAAAAUAAAACACAGAUACAGUGGGGCAAAAAAGUAUUUAGUCAGCCACCAAUUGUACAAGUUCUCCCACUUAAAAAGAUGAGAUAUGCCUGUAAUUUUCAUCAUAGGUACACUUCAACUAUGACAGACAGAAUGAGAAACAAAAUACAGAAAAUCACAUUGUAGGAUUUUUAAUGAAUUUAUUUGCAAAUUAUGGUGGAAAAUAAGUAUUUGGUCACCUACAAACAAGCAAGAUUUCUGACUCUCACAGACCUGUAACUUCUUCUUUAAGAGGCUCCUCUGUCCUCCACUCGUUACCUGUAUUAAUGGCACCUGUUUGUACUUGUUAUCAGUAUAAAAGACACCUGUCCACAAUCUCAGACAGUCACACUCCAAACUCCACUAUGGCCAAGACCAAAGAGCUGUCAAAGGACACCAGAAACAAAAUUGUAGACCUGCACCAGGCUGGGAAGACUGAAUAUGCAAUAGGUAAGCAGCUUGGUUUGAAGAAAUCAACUGUGGGAGCAAUUAUUAGGAAAUGGAAGACAUACAAGACCACUAAUUAUCUACCUAGAUCUGGGGCUCCACGCAAGAUCUCACCCCGUGGGGUCAAAAUUAUCACAAGAACGGUGAGCAAAAAUCCCAGAACCACACGGGGGGACCUAGUGAAUGACCUGCAGAGAGCUGGGACCAAAGUAACAAAGCCUACCAUCAGUAACACACUACGCCGCCAGGGACUCAAAUCCUGCAGUGCCAGACGUGUCCCCCUGCUUAAGCCAGUACAUGUCCAGGCCCGUCUGAAGUUUGCUAGAGAGCAUUUGGAUGAUCCAGAAGAAGAUUGGGAGAAUGUCAUAUGGUCAGAUGAAACCAAAAUAUAACUUUUUGGUAAAAACUCAACUCGUCGUGUUUGGAGGACAAAGAAUGCUGAGUUGCAUCCAAAGAACACCCUACCUACUGUGAAGCAUGGGGGUGGAAACAUCAUGCUUUGGGGCUGUUUUUCUGUAAAGGGACCAGGACGACUGAUCUGUGUAAAGAAAAGAAUGAAUGGGGCCAUGUAUCGUGAGAUUUUGAGUGAAAACCUUCCAUCAGCAAGGGCAUUGAAGAUGAAACGUGGCUGGGUCUUUCAGCAUGACAAUGAUCCCAAACACACCGCCCGGGCAACGAAGGAGUGGCUUCGUAAGAAGAAUUUCAAGGUCCUGGAGUGGCCGAGCCAGUCUCCAGAUCUCAACCCCAUAGAACAUCUUUGGAGGGAGUUGAAAGUCCAUGUUCCCCAGCAACAGCCCCAAAACAUCACUGCUCUAGAGGAGAUCUGCAUGGAGGAAUGGGCCAAAAUACCGGCAACAGUGUGUGAAAACCUUGUGAAGACUUACAGAAAACGUGUGACCUCUGUCAUUGCCAACAAAGGGUAUAUAACAAAGUAUUAAGAUAAACUUUUGUUAUAGACCAAAUACUUAUUUUCCACCAUAAUUUGCAAAUAAAUUAAUAAAAAAUCCUACAAUGUGAUUUUCUGGAUUUGUUUUCUCAUUUUGUCUGUCAUAGUUGAUGUGUACCUAUGAUGAAAAUUACAGGCCCCUCUCAUCUUUUUAAGUGGGAUAACUUGCACAAUUGGUGGCUGACUAAAUACUUUUUUGCCCCACUGUAUCUUGAUUACAUAAGUAUUCAAUCCCCAAUGUCAAUACAUGUUAGAAUCUCCUUUGACUGUGAUUAAAGCUGUGUCUGGUGGAAAGCAGACUGAACCAAGUUUCCCUCUAAGAUUUAGCCUCUGCUGUUCCAUUGCGUUCAUUUUUUUAUCCUGAAAAACUCCCCAGUCCUUAACAACUACAAGCAUACCCAUAACAUAAUGCAGUCACCACUAUACUUGAAAUAUAAAGAGUGGUACUCAGUAAUGUGUUGUAUUGGCUUGAAAAUAUAGAGGGCAGUACUCAGUAAUUAAUUUGUUUUAAAAAAAUAUCCAAAAACAUAAUUCCACUUUGACAUUAUGGGGUAAAAAUAAAAUAACAAAUGCAACAUUCAACAUUUGAUCCAUUUUUAAUGCAGGCUGUAACACAACACAAUUUGAAAAAAAUAAACGGUUGUGAAAACUUUCUGAAGGCACUGCAUAUCAAAUUAUUUCACAUUAGCUCUAUGCUUUUCAAAUAAAUAAUGUUAUACAGUUA